AUGGAAAGUGAAGAUAAAUACCCCCUCCAUACAGCUGCUCGUGAGGGGCGAGUCCCUGUAGUUGAAGGAUUGCUCAAGUCGGAUCCUAAACUAUCGCAACGCAAGGACAAUGAUGGUCGGUAUCCUAUUCACUGGGCGGCCUCUUCCAACAACUUCGAAAUUGUCCAAUUGCUAGCCAACCAACGCAGUUUCGAUGCUGACGUCCAGGACGGAAGUGGAUGGUCUCCUCUUAUGAUUUCAGCUAGUGUUCCCGAAAGUGAAGCUGUUCUAAAGCUCAUCAUCUCUAAAGAUGCCGACACCGCCCUUCACUUCGUCGCCUCCAAGAAGAACCUCGACAUUGCUCGUAUUCUGAUCGAGAACGGCGCAUCUACUCGGGUUCGCGAUCGCAGGGGCCAGUAUCCUAUUCAUCGUGCAGCCGCUGUUGGCUCUGUGCCAAUGGUGACCCUCCUUCUUAAAAACAGAAGCCCGCUGAAUCCUACUGACAACGAGGGUUACACUCCUCUUCAUCAUGCCAUUGCAGAAGGUCACGGAGACACUGCAGUCGCCCUUCUUAAAGAAGGUGCAGACUUUACCCUCAAGAAUAGCGCAGAAGAGCUGGCCCUGGAUCUUGCUCCUGACAAAGAAGUUCGCCGAUAUAUCUUGCAAGGUGCUGAACGUGAGGGUAUCGAGAUGUCAGGGUAG